AUGGACUGGCCUGAGGGGAGUGUGAGAGGAUCCAAUGAUAUUGCGGGGGACAAAAAGGAGCUUGAUCAUCUCCUUGUCCUUGUUCACGGCAUCUUGGCUAGGUAAUUUUUCAUAGUCGAGUGUAUACCUAUAUCUGGUGAUGGUGAGAUUGAAAUCACGGGCAUGCUAAGGAUCACUAACUUUUAAAAAAUGACAAGCCCUCCUCCUCCAAAUCGAGCAAACAGUCGCACAAUUGAGAUCAAACCUCGCUAUUUGUUGAAGAAUUUCCCCUUCUUCCCUUCUGAUAUUUCCUUCUUUUACCUUAAAUCUGAGAGUCCAUAACCUUACCUGUUAUGUGAUGUGCUUUAAGCUGUCUUGAUCAACAAUCUCGUCAUCCUAGUGCCAAAAUUGUAUAUGUACAGACUCACAUCCUUGUUUCCUUGUUUGUAUCAUUUUUGGCAUCAAUGGCCUUAUUUCCACAUCCUUUUAAGUUCAUGAACGUGUUGCAAAUCGUUGAAAUGUUCGGAUCAAACUUUCACAGUAGCAGUGGCCCACGAUUCUUUUUGAAAAUUUCUUUGAUUCUAAUUGUGGAAACUGCUUUUCGGAAUGGAUAGCCGAAUUUCUCCUUUGGCUUUCUCAGCCGUGAUUUCUAUUUAGUGGCUAAUAUUUCAUCGGUUGUUGUAUGUUUUGCAGCCCUAGCGAUUGGUUGUAUGCUGAGUCAGAACUGAAGAGGCAACUUGGAAGUAACUUUCUAAUUUAUGGUAGGCCCUCACAGAGUGAUUCUGGAGUUCAUUCCUUUGCCCUGAUGUGCCUUGCAUAAUCAUGUAUAUAUUGUCUAUCGCAUUCACUAGAAAUUCUGAAAAAUAACAAGGGGUUUCCUCUUUCGUGUCUCUGCUUAGCAAGCUCCUCCAAUACUUUUACCAGAACAUUCACCGGGAUUGAUGGAGCUGGGAGACGGCUAGCAGAAGAAGUAAGCUGUGUUCUUCAUUUCCAUCAGGCGCCAGUUGCCAUCUACCAUACGUAUGGCAUAUCGGUGGCCCUUCAUUUUUUUCCCUGAUAAAAAGCAAAUGCCAUGAAUCCUUGAUCAUAAUUUGCUUCGGCCAGGUCAUCCAAGUCGUCCAGAAGACCAAGAGCUUGAAGAAGAUCUCCUUCUUGGCACAUUCUUUGGGCGGGCUGUUCUCAAGAUAUGCGGUUGCCGUGCUUCACUCUUCUGAAUCAGGAACGAUCGCAGGACUAGAGCCCAUCAAUUUUAUUACAUUGGCAACGCCACAUCUCGGAGUCAGGGGAAAAAAACAGGUCUUUUUCUGAUGGCUAUUUAUCGGUUCAUCUCUUCUCUGCAAAUUUUCAGUCUCAAAAACAGAUAGAGCGAUUAAAAUGAUCAAAAAAAAAAUUUAAUCUACUUUUUCAACUUUAUGUUAUUUUUUUAGCUACCCUUCUCUUUGUUCGUGAUCUACUGCCUGUAAUUCUUGGUUAUCCCUGCCAAUCAGUCUCAAGAUAUGUGGAGAACCCUCCUGAAUGCGUUGUAGAUAUGGUUCUUAGAACACCUAAUUUAGGAAAAAUAAAUGAUCAUCUCCUACCAUUCCGACAUGCGUAUUAUAUCAUUUAAUAUGGUUUCUGAUCCAAAUAGAGCAUGUCUCAUCAUUACUCAUUAGAUGACAGUGGCUAACUAUUUCGUCGUUUCCAUCUCUUCAGCUGCCUUUUCUAUUGGGCGUUCCUAUCUUGGAAAAGCUCGCUCCCUCCGUUGGAUCUCGUCUGGCCGGCCGAACUGGUCGCCAGCUCUUCCUCACGGACGGCAAACCCAGCAAACCCCCUCUUCUUCUAAGAAUGGCAUCCGACAGAGAAGAGCUUAGAUUCCUGUAAGCUCCACAAAAUCAUGCACAAUUAUUAUUAUUAUUAUUAUUAUUAGUAUUAUUAUUAUUAUUAUUAUUAUUAUCACUGUUCUUGCAGAUCUUCUCUCGGGGCGUUCAGAUCUCGGAUGGUCUACGCCAACGUGGCAUAUGAUCGUAUCCACAACUUGCGAUCAUAAAUCUACAUUAUUUGAGAAAUUAAAUUUCUUAUUCGGGCAUCUCAGAAACCAGAUUUCCUGACUAGGGUUAUCCAGAUAUGGUCGGCUGGAGGACGUCUUCCAUCAGAAGAGAAACGGAGCUCAUCAAGGUCUCUGGUUCAUCAGAUUUUCUCCUUCCCCUCUCUCUCUCUCUCUCAUUUGACUUUUGCACUAAAACCUGCAGCCUCCCCUCCUGUCCCUUGAGGGCUAUAAGCACGUGGUGGGCGUUGAAUACUGCCCUCCCGUCCCCUCCGAGAACCCUCACUUCACCGCUGAAGCGGCCAAGGCCAAAGCGGCCGCCAGAGUCUCACCGAACCUGAAGAACACCAAUGAGUAUCAUGAUCUCAUGGAAGGUAAAUCGUCAUUAGAGCUUGUCUAAUUGCUCUGUUGGCAAAAUCGUGACUCUUCAUUGUGAUCAGAGGAGAUGAUUCAUGGGCUGCAAGGGCUCGGAUGGACCAAGGUCGACGUCAGCUUCCACGCGGCGCCCUGGCCGUUCUUCGCCCACAACAACAUCCACGUAGGGAGAACACCUUACCCCGCGAUGAAUGCUAACGACUCCGAAAGCCGUCCACGUCAUUGAGGCCCGUGACUCCCUCCCCAUGCAGGUGAAGAGCGAGUGGCUGUACAACGAGGGUGCUGGCGUCAUUGCCCACGUGGCGGACAGCCUGAAGCGGCAGGAGUCCCGCAGGCUCAUCCCCGCCAACCUUUAG